AUGGUAUCAAACCUAAGUUUGAACAGGAUUAAAAGUGCAUUCACGCUACUUAAAAACAACUUGAACAAUAGAGAAUGGAUAAGCGAUAGUCCGGAGAGAGAGUGGACAAGUGGUAACCUGGAAGUUGAUGAACUCAUAAAACAUACACAGGGUCCUGAACGCAAGAUUCAGCAGCUUGAAUGGAUCCCCUAUAAAGAAUUGCGAAAGAUCAAGCAAAUUGGAGAAGGUGGAUUUUCCAAAAUCUUUAUUUCCCAGUGGGAUAGGUUAAGCGAGAAAUGUUGUCGUUUCGUGGUCUCCGGCAGUGCCGAAGAGAGAAGGUUGGAUGGUGUCGACAAAAGGGUCAUCCUGAAACAACUCAAAAAUUCUGAAAACAUAACAUCGGAUUUCCUCAAACAGUUGAAAACUUAUUACACGCGUUAUUCUAGUGACUAUGGUUUCUUCUUACUAUUACGUUAUUAUGGGAUCUCCAAAGAUCCGUUAACCAAUGAAUAUAUAAUCGUAAUGGAGUAUUGUGAACAUGGUUCUCUAAAUUCCUAUCUCACCGAAAUAACGGAACAUUUCGAAGUCAAAUUAUACGUCCUUGUCAACAUACUCAGAAAGAUCAAAGCACUCCAUUCGUUUGGAAUAGUUCACCGUGACUUGCACUUGGGUAACAUUUUGCUCGACUGUGACAUGACGCCACAUUUGUCGGACAUGGGAUUAUCGGGACCUGCUAAUGCCGAAGAUUGGAAUCGGACCGAUGAUUUCGAUGAAAGCGUUAGAUCAACGUUCUUGGAUCUAAUCGAAAUCUCUGUUGGACCCACCCAUCCGGAGGCCAUAUACACUAGCAGAUUUCUUCCACGACUAAUCUGGCUUAGCAGAGAAGAUUUGAUUCAGAAAGUGAUGAGGAGCGAAAACUUUCAUAAUUUAGCGAGAGCGGAUAAUGAUGGUCUUAAAGAAAUUGGUGUGCUAGAUUCGGGAACUGUAUACAACCAAAAUUAUCAAGCCUGGGAAUAUUACCGAAGGUUUUAUACAAGAACACUAUCUCACAAAUCAUUUAUCAGCCAAUCAUUGGAAUGCGUUCGGAAAAAUUUCGAGGUGAUGGAAGGUUAUUGGGAACAGCUCGGGGAAAAAACUGUCUUGGAGUUUCCGGAAUGGUCGAAAAGAUAUUUCACGGAUAACAUGUUAUCUAUAGCUGCCGGUAAAUCAGUCAAUUCAAUAGAUGGUUAUUACAAUAGCGUAUCAACCGGUAAAAAGGCGGAUAUACCUGAUGGCAUCUUGGGUGAAUGUGACGUUUUUAUCGAUGCUAUCGAUAAAUUUGUUUUUGGCCUUGUAUACUUCUUGCUAUUCCCAAAGUUUAUUCGAGAAUUUCCCGGAAUUAGAGGGCUCACUCAUGAAUUGAAAGAGAAAACAAAUUGGUUUAGGAGGCUUAUUCUUCGUAUCAUCAAGGAGCGAAGAAAAGAGAUUGACGAAACACCGAAAGAUCAAGAAUUAUCCCAUGACUUAUUAACAAAGUUCCUAACCAUUAAUACCCCACGUGAUGUUACCGAGAAAAUCGUGGAUGGUUUACCGAUGUCUGACGAAGAAAUCUGUGGAAAUUUGAUGGAGGUUAUAGGAGGUGGAAUCGAUACGUCAUCGAGUGCUCUCUGCUUUGUGGUUUAUUACAUAUCUAAUUAUCCAAAAGUUAGAGAACGGCUGAUAGACGAGAUCAAUCGAGUCUUGGGAAAAGAUCCUAACCACAAAAUUACUUAUGAAGAAGUAAUGAGCCUUGAAUAUUGUGAUGCCAUAAUUAAAGAAUGUUUUCGAAUAUUCUCUACGAUUCCUAUCAUGUUUAAAAAAAACACCGAUCCUGAAAUAAUUGGUGGUUUAAGAUUUCCCGCAGACACUCAAUUCUUUAUUAAUAUACAUGGAAUUCAUAAUCACAAAUCUACCUGGAAGAAUCCGGAAGAGUUUAAUCCAGAAAGGUUUAUGGAUAAGAGCAACCCGGAAAGCAAGAAACCUAUUUACUCUUUUAGUUCGGGGAAAAGAAUGUGCCCUGGAAAAAAUUUGGCAAUAUUGGAGUUAAAAACUUUCCUAGCUUUAUUGUACAGAAAAUACGACGUCGAGCUAACGGAUGUGAACGCACCAAUAAAGUAUCAUAUGACUUCAAUUAGAAAUUGCAGUGAACUAAAAAUGCGAAUUAAGAAAAAGAAAGAUUGGUAUAGGCAAUAG